UUUUCAGAAAAUAAAAAUGCAAAAAAGAAUGACGAGUGCAUCCUUUGAUUUAACUCCAGGAGCGGGUUCACCAUUCUUCGACGACCUUCGACAAGACAAGGAGAUCAGAAAUUCCUUUCUCCACGCUAUAGCAUUGACAAUCCUAGCUGUUAUACUGACUGGAGCUUACUACGUGUACAGUAUUCUUGAACCAUUUAUAGUGCCUUUGUUCUGGGCCUUGUUAACGGGUGUUCUGCUUCAUCCGCAUAAGAAGAGUGCGACAAACAAAUUUCGACUUUAUCUUACUCGACUACAGCAGAACGACAAGAAUGUCGUCUUUUCAUUAUCACACAAUAUUCUGAAGCUGCUAGACAAGUCUGCUGAGUGUAUAGGAGAAUAUUUUAUACAGAAGUGGAAACUAUUAUUAUGUUUUAUAAUUGUAUCAGCUGGAGUGUAUGUAGUGUAUAUAUAUACUCCAGACGGGUUCCUAGUUCUUCUCAACACUCUCAGAGAAUUUCUGUUUGUCCAAGUUCCGAGUAUAUUUGGAAGUGUGCAGAGUGUACAUCUAGUAAUCAGUUCUUGUUUAACCUUGUCUACAAUCAAACUCAUACCAGAAUAUAAAAUGUUAUGUAGUAUUGUAUGCUGGAUAACCUGGAUAAUAUUAUUAGCAAGAAUAUUUAACUAUCUCUGGCCUCCUCUUCUCUACGUUCUGGUUUUCGCACUAGUCAUAGGGUACAUGACAGAUUCCUCUGGUAUAGAUGAACCAGACAGAGUCUCUGAAUCUAGAAUACGAUCUGUUAUCGUCUCUCUCCUGCAGCGUCUCAACCUGGUUCCUUCUACUGGAGAUGCUAUUGAUGAAGGAGUAGAUGAAUCUGGAGUUUAUGGACCGGCAGAGUCUACUCCUAUACCUACUAAAGUCUCUGGUGAUAUGGGAGAUAUUUCUAAGUUUGAUCCCAAGAUCGGAGUAAUUCCACAUCCUGGAGUAUCAGCGUUGAAGAAAGAGCACGGAAUCCUACAAAAUCGACCAAACCUCUCCGAGAUAGGAAAGGUUUCUACGCCGUUAGGGUCCAAUACACCAAAAUCUAGAUUAGGAAGAUCAUUCCGUUAUGCCAAAAGAAAGACGUCUCUUGCAUCUGAGAUUCAUCAUGACUCUAUGAGGUAUAUCUACUGGGCACUGUGGAGCUGUUUAGCUGUUCAACUGUGGUUACAUCCUGGUCUCCUACAUCUACUUCCGGCUCCAAUAUUUUAUUCAUUAAUGAAAAGGCUGUUCAAGUAUACCGGUGCAUACGAGUUAUGUGUCCGUCAGUAUAACCGUGUUUGUACCUGUAUCUGGGAUUGGGUUGAUCAAAACUCCGACACCCUUCUCCCUCUGCCGGUCAGAUUCCUAGCACGUCAAAUAUACAACCUGGAGCGAGGAUUCCUACAGGCCACAAUAUUCUACAUGGACGGAUUGGUGACAAGUCUACUUAUUUUGGGAAUAUUUCUUGUAAUUACUGUUGCCUGCAUACUAGGAAUUAUUCAGGUGUACGCAGAAUCUGCGUAUAUCCUCCAAUCCCUGGCUACUAUCGCGAGCUCCUUGGAGAUGAAGGACUCGAUGCUCCUCUCCUCCUUGAACAUCUCUCUACCUGCAAACUCCAGCAUGGAAACAGUCAUGGACGAGGCGUACACUUACGGCAGGGGGUGGAUAUCCACCACACUUAGGAAUACAUUGGAGAACACGGAUACAGAGGUUCUCCAGGAACUAGAGAACAAGAUACUUGAAUUAUGGGACAGAUCAUAUCAAUACUGGAUUCUGAAACAGGAUGUGGUUGGACCUAAGAUGAGUACAGCAGCAAUAACAACUAGUUUCGGAGAAGUUAUGGAUAAACUGUACACUCAAGAUCUAUUUAAUAUAUCAGCUGUUCAGAUAUUCAUCAGGAACAAUAUGGGAACACUGACCUCUAUUUGUGAACAAGUCUGGUCCCUUUUCCAGGGGAACCUUGUCUUCUUCAUGGAUGCUACCAUGGGAGUUCUCAAGGUUCUAUUCUACUCCGGCUCCGGGUUCAUAAACUUUUUGUUUGGGAUUGUAAUCUACAUCACAGCCUUGUUCUACCUACUCUCCAACAGCUCCUCGACCUAUAAACCUUUGGAGGUGUUAGGACAGUAUGCCGUGUAUCAGGGUUCAGGUGUUGGAACGAUACUGCAGACCGCGGUUAAUUCUGUACUUUUCAUUACAUUCAAGAUGGCGCUGUUUUAUCUACUCUGGACCUAUCUCACUCAUACAAUCUUCCAGGCAACUAUUGUCGUUCUACCGAUGAUAUUUUCUUCAUUUAUUGCAGCUGUUCCUUUCACAGGACAAUAUAUUGUUGCCGUCCCUGCUUGCUUAGAACUCUGGCUUCUGCAAGAUAGACCAGUUCAUUCCAUCCUUCUUAUCAUCUUCCAGAUUGCUCCGAGCUGGUUGGUUGAUGCUGCAAUAUACAGUGAGAUGAAGGGAGGUAUACAUCCCUGGUUUACUGGUCUUGCUGUAGUUGGAGGGGUUUAUGUUUUCGGAGCAGUCGGAGCAAUAUAUGGUCCUCUAGCUCUAUGUGUUCUAUAUGUUCUAGUCAAUUUAUAUACUUCAUUCAUGCAGGAGAUAGAUGCUGCAACCCCUGUUGGAUAUAAAUCUAUGCGUACACCUAUGAACAGAUCUGAUACGAUGAUGUGAAAAUCAAUUCCGCUUCUCGGCUAACU